AUGGGAUUCAUACAAACUGCCGUAAGUGUCGGAGUUCUUGUGUUGUCUUGGCGACUGUAUCAGAAUCAUAUGCAUUCCAGUGAGGUCAUAAAGGUUGUCUCCCAGGCAAAAGCAGAGUACGACUACAUUGUGAUCGGCGCUGGCUCGGCGGGCUCGUUGGUUUCCGCUAGACUGACGGAAACUCCUGAUAUAACUGUACUAGUCUUGGAGGCUGGUCCGAAUUUCGAGAACAUUCCAAUUUUGAAUCAACCCGAGCAGUGGUGGAAGAAUAUUGGAGGGGAAUUUGACUGGAGAUAUAAAACAAUGCCACAGAAACAUGCAUGUUUGGGCUCAAAGAACAACCAGUGUGAAUGGCCAAGAGGGCGCAUCGUCGGCGGAUCCGGAAAAGACCUUCCAGUGGGACACAACUUACAAGGCCACAGCCAAGACAGCAUCUUGACGACCUUGGAAUACUCGUUAUACAAGACCUUCCAGUGGGGCACAACUUACAAGACCACAACCAAGUCAGCAUCUGAACGACCUUGGAAUACCCGUUAUAGAAGACCUUCCAGUGGGGCACAACUUACAAGACCACAGCCAAGUCAGCAUGUGAACGACCUUGGAAUACCCGUUAUACAAGACCUUCCAGUCGGGCACAACUUACAAGACCACAGCCAAAAGACCUUCCAGUGGGGCACAACUUACAAGACCACAGCCAAGUCAGCAUCUGAACGAACUUGGAAUACUCGUUAUAGAAGACCUUCCAGUCGGGCACAACUUACAAGACCACAGCCAAGUCAGCAUGUGAGCGACCUUGGAAUACCCGUUAUAGAAGACCUUCCAGUGGGGCACAACUUACAAGACCACAGCCAAAAGACCUUCCAGUGGGGCACAACUUACAAGGCCACAGCCAAGUCAGCAUCUGAACGGCCUUGGAAUACUCGUUAUAGAAGACCUUCCAGUGGGGCACAACUUACAAGACCACAGCCAAGUCAGCAUCUGAACGGCCUUGGAAUACCCGUUAUACAAGACCUUCCAGUGGGGCACAACUUACAAGACCACAGCCAAGUCAGCAUGUGUACAUCCAUCAAAGUGCCUUACAGUAUGACUUCGUCUUACGUGGAUAGUACGUGGAAUCAGCUGAAAUACAAACUUUUCAACGCUGGGCCAAAGUCCAUGACAGCUUCAGAAGGAUCAGCGUUCCUUCACUUGAACCAAGCUUUAGAAAACACAACAUACCCUGAUGUUCAAUGUGUUUAUGUAAGCAGACUAAUUGGUGCAAAUAUUUUCGAUUAUUCAGAAGAUAUCGCUGAAUUAGUGAUAGAAAAGGAUUCUGAAAGGCAUGGUUUCUGCACCUUCGUCGCGCUGACCCACCUACGGGCUCGAGGGGUUAUCUCCCUCUCGUCGACUGAUCUAUUUGACCAUCCUCUUAUUGAUCCGCGGUAUUUUGAAAAUCAUCAAGACGUUUUGGACCUCGUAGGUGGUAUUCGAAUUUGGGAAAAGCUAGCGCAGUCAAAAACGAUGUCAGAUCUCGGUGUUGAUAUCAAUGAAUUAAAUAAAAGGUUUUGCUCAGAGCACAAGUUCAGGAGUGACGAUUAUUGGGAAUGCUACAUUCGUAAACUAGCUUUCACCCAGUUCCAUCCGACUUCCUCGUGCAAAAUGGGAGCACUCGAUGAUGAAUCCACAGUUGUUGGCCCUGAUCUACGUGUGAAAGGGGUCGCAGGUCUCCGGGUCGUGGACGCUUCAGUAUUUCCGGUAAUAACUUCAGGAAACACAAACACUCCCACGUUGAUGGUCGCCGAAAGGGCCGCAGACUUUAUACUCGAUCGGAAAUCAGUCUAA